ACUAUUGUGCUCGUGCACAGCGAUUUGUAUGAGCGUGAACGCGCGCCAAGAUAGUCCCAUUUCCUUCCCCGGGAGAGAGAACGGAGUGCGAUAAGCGACCGAGAGAGGGGAACGCGGAAACAGUUGGAGCGGUCCGCGAGAGAGGUACAACUACCGGUGACAGCGAUAAAUUCGAUCCCUAUACACACAUAUAUUGUUAGAAUUUUUUGGGCAAGUUGUCGGAUCAGAGGCUUUAACAAAAUAGUGGACAAGGGGAUUUUUCUUCUGUAUAGACACUAUCUUUUGGAUUCAGAAUGUCGGGCAGCAGGGAGGAGGAGCGGCGGAAACUAGCCGACAUAAUUAACCACUGGAACGCCAACCGGCUCGACCUGUUCGAGAUCAGCCAACCUACCGAGGACCUGGAAUUCCACGGCGUGAUGCGUUUCUACUUCCAGGACCGUGUGGCGGGGAACUUUGCCACCAAGUGUAUCCGGGUGUCCUCCACUGCCACCACACAGGAUGUCAUCGAGACGCUGGCUGAGAAGUUCCGUCCCGACAUGAGGAUGCUUUCCUCGCCCAAAUACUCGCUCUACGAGGUCCAUGUUAGCGGGGAAGAACGGAAGCUGGACCUGGAUGAGAAGCCCUUGGUGGUGCAGCUCAACUGGAACAAAGACGACCGGGAGGGGCGCUUCGUCCUCAAGAACGAGAACGACAUCAUGCCCAAGAAGGCGCAGAGCAACGGGCCAGACAGGGAGAAAGAGGGCGUAAUGCAGAACUUCAAGCGGACUCUGUCCAAGAAAGAGAAGAAAAAGGAGAAGAAGAGGGAGAAGGAGGACCUUGCUUAUAUCCCGGACGGGGACACUCUGAACAGAGAAGAUGGGGAGAACUCGAGGCUGGCGGCAGAGGUGUACAAGGACAUGCCAGAAAACAGCUUCACCAGGACCAUCUCCAACCCUGAGGUGGUGAUGAAGAGGAGGCGGCAGCAGAAACUGGAGAAGAGGAUGCAAGAGUUCCGCAGCAGCGACGGCAGGCCUGACUCGGGUGGGACUCUGAGGAUCUACGCAGACAGUCUGAAGCCCAACAUCCCCUAUAAGACCAUCCUGCUGUCCACUACAGACAUGGCAGACUUUGCCGUGGUCGAGGCCCUGGAGAAGUAUGGCCUUGAGAAGGAGAAUCCCCGGGAUUACUGCAUCGCCCGGCACACAGAUGACAAGUCUGGGAAGGAGGUCAUCCUGGACGAUACAGAGUGUCCUCUUCAGAUCUUCAGAGACUGGCCCAGCGACAGAGGGGCCCUAGUGUUCCAGCUGAAGAAGAGACCGCCAGACUAUGUGCCUAAGAAGGGUCGUAAACCAGAUGACAAGGGCCCAAGAGGGAAGGUCAUGGAUGGGCCCCUGCACGGGUCUCUAGCACCAGAAAAACUGCCUUACCUGGUGGAGCUUAGCCCAGGGAGGGGGAAUCACUGUGGCUACUACGCCUAUCGGCACCACGAAGAUGGCUCCGACUCCAGGGACAAACCAAAGCUCUACCGCCUGCAGCACAGUGUCACCGAGGUGGGCUCAGACAGCACUGAUGACGGCUCCAUCCAGCUGUUUGGUCCGGGUAUCCUGCCUCGCCACUGCAACCUGAUGCACAGCGAGGGCCUGGUCACGGUGACUCCCCACAGCCUGGAGGCCGAGACCUACGUGGACGGCCAGCGUGUGACCGAGACCGCCGUGCUGCGAAGUGGAGCCACGCUGCAGUUCGGCGCCUCCCACGUCUUUAAGUUUGUGGACCCCAGCUACGACCACAGCUUGGUCAAGGGAGGACCCGGGCCCAUGAUGAGAAGCAGGCACAAGUCAGGGAGUGUGCCGGAGGCCAACUUUGACCCGCAAGGUGACAUCACGGGUAGGACAGCCCUCCCCACUAGUAAGAGCUCGGGGAAGCUGGAGAUGGAGCGCUCAGCCAAUGGCAGCGAGAGGGGCAUGGUCAAGCCCAUGAUCCGCGGAGAACAGCAGGACGGCAGCAGGUCCCAGGACAGCCUGAGCCCCGAACUGACGCUGCCGGCCAGCAUCGAGUUUAGAGACAACUCCGAAGAUGCCUUCCUGUCAGCCAUUAUUAACUACACCAACAGCUCCACUGUGCACUUCAAGUUGUCCCCCACCUACGUGCUGUACAUGACCUGUCGCUACGUCAUGUCCAGUCACUACCGGCCUGACAUCAGCCCCUCAGAACGCACCCACAAGGUCAUAGCCAUCGUCAACAAGAUGGUGAGCAUGAUGGAAGGAGUCAUCCAGGAGAUCCCUGAUGGUGACCAGAAGCAGAAGAACAUCGCGGGGGCCCUGGCCUUCUGGAUGGCCAAUGCCUCGGAGCUGCUCAACUUCAUCAAACAGGACAAGGACCUGUCGCGGGUCACACUGGAUGCCCAGGACCUGCUGGCUCACCUCGUCCAGAUGGCCUUUAAGUAUUUGGUCCACUGUCUGCAGUCUGACCUGAAUAACUAUAUGCCUGCCUUCCUGGACGACCCAGAGGAACAGAACCCUCAGAGGCCCAAAAUAGAGGACGUUCUGCACACCCUGACGGGCGCCAUGUCACUGCUGCGUCGUUGCCGUGUCAACGCGGCACUGACCAUCCAGCUGUUCUCCCAGCUCUUCCACUUCAUCAACAUGUGGCUGUUCAACAAGCUGGUGACGGAGGCCGACUCUGGGCUGUGUUCACACUACUGGGGCGCCAUCCUCCGCCAGCAGCUCAGCCACAUCGAGGCCUGGGCAGAGAAACAGGGUCUGGAGCUGGCCGCAGACUGCCACCUCAGUCGCAUCGUCCAGGCUACAACUCUCCUCACCAUGGACAAGUACUCCAUGCAGGACGUGCAGAACAUCCACAACACCUGCUUCAAGCUCAACUCCCUGCAGCUCAACGCUCUGAUGAGUAACUACCACUGCGCCCCCGACGAGCCUUACAUACCCCCGGAGCUGAUAGAUCAUGUGGUCGCCGUGGCGGAGAACACGGCAGAUGAGCUGGCCCGUAGCGACGGCCGAGAAGUCCAGCUGGAGGAGGACCCUGACCUGCAGCUGCCCUUCCUUCUGCCUGAGGACGGCUACUCCUGUGAUGUUGUGCGCAACAUUCCCAACGGAUUCCAGGAGUUCCUGGACCCCCUCUGUCAGCGAGGAUUCUGUCGACUGACCCCUCACCCACGCUCCCCUGGGACCUGGACCGUCCACUUCGAGGGUGCCGACUGUGACAGCCACUUCUCCGCUGACACCUCUGACCUGCCAAUGCGUAAGGAGCCGGAGGUUGUCACUGUCACCCUGAAGAAGCACAAUGGAAUGGGCCUCAGCAUCGUGGCUGCCAAGGGUGCUGGGCAGGACAAGCUUGGGAUCUACAUCAAGUCUGUAGUCAAGGGAGGCGCGGCCGACAUGGACGGUCGUCUUGCUGCAGGGGACCAGCUGCUGAGUGUUGAUGGUCGUAGUCUUGUUGGCCUCUCCCAGGAGAGGGCUGCAGAGCUGAUGACCAGGACAGGCUCGGUGGUGACACUGGAGGUGGCCAAGCAGGGAGCCAUCUACCACGGCCUGGCCACACUCCUUAACCAGCCUUCACCUAUGAUGCCCAGAGCUUCACAGGGUGGACGCGACAAAAACGGUAAACUGAGACCAAAGAGCGAAGGCUUUGAACUGUAUAACAACUCUGUCCAGAACGGCUCUCCAGAGAGCCCCCAGGGCGAUUGGCAGGCCUACCCAGAACCAAAGAUGAGCGGGGAGGACCGGCUACUGAAAAACCGGGCCGACCAUCGUUCCAGCCCCAACGUGGCCAACCAGAGCCAGAGCCCGGGACCAAAAGCAGUCUACCCGGGAGGACCUGGGACCAAGAUCACCUCCGUCUCCACGGGCAACCUGUGUGCUGAUGAGGAGGCCUCCCCGCCCCGCCCAGAGGCCUACCCCAUCCCUACCCAGACCUACCCCCGGGAAUACUUCACCAUCCCGGCCUCCAAGUCCACGGACCGGAUGGGUCCAGCACAGGGGCAGUUAUACGCUGAUGACAGGGGUCCCCAUGGCCCCAUGGAGGACCAACACAACAUGGCCAUGCAGCGGGUGACUCACUCCCAGGAGGAGCUCUGUGACCUCCCGGGGGGCUACCCUCCAGCCGGCCUCCGUCCCGAGGACCUGGUCCACCUGCAGCAGAGGGAGGUUGACUGCCAGCGAGGCGGCGGGGAGCACUGGGGCAACCACCACCAGGUCUCCUCCUCCGUGGAGUCCUCCACCUCCAGCCAGGAGCACCUCAACUACUCCUCCUGCUCCAGCAAGACCCAGGGCAACCACAAGAGUGGCCCGGGACGCUGGAAGACCCCCGGCCCUGGGCCCGGCCCUGUCGCCCCCCACCCGGGUCUCAUAGCCCAGCCCACACGCACGGACCUCCCUCCCCCUCCACCGCCCCCUCCCCCCGUACACUACCAGGAAUACGAUCCCCAGCCGGACCUGCCCUUACCCCCUCCUCCCUCAGCUACCCAGCAGCAAGCAGCCGCCGCCGACCGCAAGAAGCGCGAGGAGCAGCAGCGCUGGUAUGAGAAGGAGAAGGCCCGGUUAGAGGAGGAGCGGGAGAGGAAGAGGAGGGAGCAGGAAAGGAAGCUCGGGCAGAUCCGUAACCCAUCUGGGCCUGCGACCCACAACAACAACAACCACCAACACGGGGGCACGCUGCCCCCUCCCGCCCCACACCAGCAGAUGCCCGUCUCCCCCCAGGCCUCCAUGCCCACGCCGCAGGUGCCCCAGCCCUACCUCCACCAGCAGGCCCCGCCUCACCUGGCCACCAGGCCGGAGAAACUGUCCACCCUGCCCCGAGCUGCCACGCUCCCCCCCCAAGGCAACGCCGUGGACACGGUGAUCAGGGAGCUGCUCCCCCAGCAGCAGCCCCGCACCAUCGAGCGCCGCGACCUGCAGUACAUCACCAUAAGCAAGGAGGAGCUGUCGUCUAGCGACAGCCUGUCGCCGGACCCCUGGAAGAGGGACGCCCGGGAGAAGCUGGAGAAACAGCAGCAGCUGCACAUCGUGGACCUGCUGGACAAGGAGAUCCAGGACCUACAGGCCAAGCCGGAGCGCACGGCCGAGGAGAGCGACCGCCUCCGCAAGCUGAUGCUGGAGUGGCAGUUCCAGAAGAGGCUGCAGGAGUCCAAGCAGAGCGACGAGGAGGACGAGGAGGACGACGACGAGGACGUGGACACCAUGCUGAUCAUGCAGCGGCUGGAGGCAGAGAAGAGAGCACGGCAGACUGCUGUCCCUGCAAUCUCUGUUCUAGACUUGUUGCAGGACGAGGAGCGGCGGCGAAAGCAGCAGUUGGAGGAGAUCCGCAAGCGUGAAGCAGAGGAGCGGGCCAAGAAGGAGGAGGAGGAGGAGAGACGCUGGAGAGAGGAGGAGCGGGCCAGGCGAGAGGUUGAUGAGAAGAGGAGACAGGAAGAGGAGUACUACACACGCCUGGAAGAAGGGCGGCGCCGGCAGCACGAGGAGGCCGGGCGCAGGCUGCUGACGCCCGAUGAGCCUGGUCUGUACAGACCCCCCCUCCCCAGGGACUACCAGCCUCAGACCUCCCCUCCCCCCGCAUCCCCCUCCACUAACGCACCUCCACCCCCGCCUCAGAGAAACGCCUCCUACCUCAAAACCCAGGUCGUCUCCCCCGACACCUUGUACACUGCCAAGUUUGUGUCGUACAAUGACGAGGAGGAGGAUGACGCCGCAGGCCUAGCAGGUCAGGUUAAGCUCUCUGCCACCAGGAAGUCCUAUGGCGACCUCCCGCCCGCGCACAAGCCGCAGCCGCCCGCGCCUGCGCGCAAGCCCCGCCCCACGUCCGACGGGAUCUUUCUGUCCAGCUCAUUCCAGCCGCCGGCUGUCAAUGCCAACAGUACUGCAGGGCAGCCCCCUCCCCCUCCCAUCAAACCCAGCCUCAGCUUCAUCCCGACAGGCUCCUCUAAAGGAUUUAAUUCGUACACUGGAAACACAACAGCGGUUGUAGGGUCAGGAGAGGUUUACAAAGACCCGCGGGAAAAGUGGACGAAAGGUGGUCCAGAACAAGAAAACAGUAUAACCCCAGAGAGCAUGACCUUUAAGGAGCGACAGCGGCUCUUUUCCCAAGGCAAAGAAGUGUCCAACAAAGUCAAGGCUUCGAGAAAACUGAUGGAGCUGGAAAAUGAACUGAAUACAAAAUAGUAGAGUGGAGCCGUACCAACACAGACAGGACCACCAACACCUAACUGAGCAACGGGAAAGAGCCAGCUUUUGUUUUUCCAGUGACUGUCUCCCUUAUUGUUGUUUUUAUUGAGUAACUGGACCAUUACGAACGAUUUAGAUGUAUCAUUCAAUGCAAUAGGAGAGACGUUUAUUUGCUUAAUUUCCCUCUAAACUAUCAAAGAUAUUAUGAUAAAGCACUGUACAAAUGUUUUAAUUAUACUAGUAAGACACAUUUGAAAUCACAUGAAGGGGGGGAUAUAUUUUUGUUUGUGAAAUGGUUCUUGGGUCAGAGGAAACAAUUUGAUCAUUUUAAUAUUUUUUUUUUUAAAGCUUACUGUAAUGUGGAUUAUUUUAUGGUGUUAUUUUAUGCUCUUUCUGCAUUACAUAUUUUCACACUUUUAAUUUUUUCUUGUUGAAAUAAAUGCCCACCCUCACAAGACCAGUCUUAUUAAACUUCUUCCUACACUACUCAGUGAUUCAAACAAAUUGAUGUUGUCCAUUCUGGUUUGCAAUGCACUGUAUAUUCUUUAUUCCUUAUAAUGUGGGUUUAGUUUUAACUAGGCACCAUUGGAAGAUGCCAUGAUUCCACAUAUGUAAACUGGUUUACUAAGUCCUGCUAGGGACCCAUUUGAGUGCGCACCCUCACUGUAAAUAUCUCUCCCGUUCCAAACACAACUCUUCUUAAUAGUAGCAGUUUGCUAAUCUGUUGUUAUCCAAGAGGGCAUUUUCUACGUGUGAUGUACAGUAGAGAAUUGAAACAAUGAAAGGCCACUUUUGAUGCUCACUGUCAAUGUGGGGGGAAGAGGGGGGGGGGGGCGUGGUGGUUAUCAUUUCUAAAUGUUUUCUACCCACCCCCAACACACCAUCUUUAGUAUUGAUUUUGUUUGAAUUGAAUAGUCAUUUGCAGAGUUGUGUGAAAUUUAACCAGUUGUAUACAUUGCCAGUAUGAGGAACGAGAAAGCGUACCAUGAUGGAAAAUUACUUCAAUUUCAGUUCAAAUUAUAAUAAAAAUCUAAAGAAAAGAACCUUGUUUGCAUACCAGGUAUUUAUUUGAACCGCCUGUAAUGAAUGUGCACAGAUUGAGUUAAUCUGAGCAUCCUGUUGAACAUGUACAACAUGGAAACAGCUUCGGAUGUGAACGUGUUCAGUAGACUUCUCAUGGUAUUUCUUUUAAGGAUUUGGGCAGUAUUCUAUUUCCAUAUGUAUGUCAUCCCUCCAAUCUUAACCCCUUCAUCUCUUUGUCCACGGCAUUAUGACUGCAAUUUGUGUAUAAAUAAAGACGUGUUUGAGGGGAGGAGAUGGUAAAGGUGUCAA